AGCCAUUAUGGUAAAGGUGUAUUUAUAGGAAAAACUUAAGUGAUAAAAUACAACGACAAAAGUUGUCGAAAUAAAAGUACAAUAUACUGCAAAAAUAUGAAAAUUCUAUUGUUACCGAUAGGUUGCUUUAAAUUGUUUUUUGACAAAAAAAAAGAAAGCUUUUAAAAACUGUACUCACGCUGGUGACAAGAAUCCUGGCGCUAGGCUUUCAGAUAACCUUUAAUAACGGAAAAAGAAAAGUAACACAAAUAACAAAGCUUUUACAUUCUUUGUUUUUUUAAGACAUCAUUUCAAUGGCAGCAAUAACCUUCUUAUUGAGAAACCUUCUCCCCUUUGUUACCMAUCUAUCUUUAUACAAAUAUCAUGACGUCAUUCUAGUGCCCGGGUCUUAAGUGCCAGCAGYGAAACAGCCAAUCAGAUUACGCGCUUUAAUGAGGUCAGAUGAUGAUAAGACGAAUGACUUCAAGUUGAGUAAAUUGAAAUAAAAUAUGCUAUGUCUGCGAGAAAUUGGCUCACUCCGCUCUCGUUAUAUCAGCGAACCUGGAUUACAGAUUACGACUUUCGUUUGGUUAUUAUUUGACCUGAACACCAAAUUAUUAUUUCUCACUGUUUGUUAAUUAACUCUUUUCAACCAYCAAGACAUAUCCAUCGAAUCUAUAGAUUGAAUUAACACCGUACAGAAUAUCAACACUUUGAAUAUCCAUUGAAGAAAACAUAUUAAGAGAAAUACAGGAGAAAAGUUCAAAGAACUAAAAACAUUGAGAACCACUAAUAACGAACAUGUCAGACAAGCGCCUCUGCACAAGUUUUAUUAUCACUAAAAACGUAGAGUCAGAGAACUGGGGAUCAACGUAUGAAAUCCUCGUAUGUACCGCAAACGCAAUCCUGGUCGUCCCUACGGUUUUAUUCAACGUGCUUGUUAUCCUAACGAUUACRCGUACACCAAGCUUACGUAAGCCAUCUUACUUUCUCAUAUGCAGUCUUGCGUUUACGGAUUUAGGUGUUGGGAUUUUAGUYCAACCAUUGUAYAUUUUACGUAAGAUCGCUGCGCUACAGAAAGAUUACGAUACGUACUGUAAGUUAUUACAAGCUGGGGAUAUCCUUGCGCAUUUGAUCUGCUGUCCGUCGUUUUUUAUCGUAACAGCGACYAGCGUGGAUCGAUAUUUGGCUAUUACAACUGGCGUUAAAUACCGCACGAUCGUAACAACGACUCGUAUAGUAUGGACUGGGAUUUGCGCRCUGAUGUUCGCAGCUACCGUAACGUCGAUACGUAUUGCUGCGAAAAAGGAGAAAUACAUGGCGUUUGCUGCUGUUAUUAUGUUUUUCUGUUUGAUAAUAAUAGUCAUAUGCUAUUCAAAAAGCUUGGCUGCACUUAAAAAGUUACAGGGAAGGGUAGGUCACAAUGGCAGCAUAGUACACAAAGAAGAUCUCCCUCCAAAGUCAUUCGACAUCGCUCAAUACAAAAAGGCAUUGAUUACAAUGGGGAUUAUAACUUCUAUAUUAUUCAUCUGCUAUAUACCAUUUGUAUCCGUGGUUAUUGGCAUYGCUAUCAAAGGACGAAGCCCAUCUCUGAACUUGGCCCGCGAAAUAACGUUUACGUUGCUGUACGUUAACUCGUGCUUGACGCCGUUGGUCUAUGGGUUGAGGAGUAAUGAGCUUAAAGCAGCGUGCAAGGAUAUGUUAGUGGGGGUAAUACGGCGGGCAUCUACGCCUGUAGAAAUGACYGAUGCUGAAAGGACUGAGAGAGUUACGACAUCGGGGUAGUAUAGCCAUGAGUGUACCUCUUAGGCCUCGUCCACACUAGAGCGUUUUCGUUUGAAAACGAAUCGAAAAGUAUGCGUUUUGCCCUUCUGUCCACACUAAUACGCUCGAAAACGCUGAGCGUUUUCAUCGAAAACGGAGCCUUUUGAAAACGCUGUUGAAAGUGAAGCGUUUUGAAAACGCUACGGCAUCCCGGUCAGUGUGGACAGCGAAAACGAUUCCUUUUGAAAACGAUGACGUCAUCGUUCCCCUUGGUCUUAUAGAUUUAAGUUUUGUAGUUAAAUAUUCUUAGUAAUAUCGUCUGCUUUGUGGCAAGUCUUUUCCAGAUGAAAGAGAUUGGGAGUUUUUUUCCUCUGUCGAUGGAAUGUGUUUUUUUGAAUCGUUCGAGAAUGACUGCAUUUGCUUUGGACUGACUCCCAAUCCACGCUUUCGUGCGUUUUGAAACCUUCUACUCGUUUGUAACUGUUAACAGAAGUUCAACUUCAUCAUCUGUCCAGAUGAAAGCGUCUUGAGCAGUUUUUUUUCUGGUUUUAUUGAGUUUUCUUUAUCGCAGAAAACAUGUAAUUUGAUCGAUAUGACCGUAUUUGUGUUUUCAACUGUCCACACUGAAACGCUUGAAUACGCUAGUGUGGACGCAGUUCAAUCUAUACGUUUUCACACCUAUUGAAAACGGAUACAAACGAAAACGCUUUAGUGUGGACGGGGCCUUAAACCGGGCAUCAUAACGCCCGUUAUAAUGAUACGUUGGUAAUUCUAACAGAAUUACUGGUCAUGAUGACCAUUUCGGUAAUCCGAAUGGUCGGAAUAACACACUUUGACAAAGUAGACGCUGAGAAGAAUGAUCAGUCGAAAUAACACAUUUUCGGAUACGGAUGACAUCGGAAUAGUGUUGGUAUUUGUGAAUUAAUCUGUCACCUCUACGCUACGGAAGCUGAAGAAAAUGGUCGGAUAAACAAAGAGCUCUGKUCAUAGAUGAAAACUGUCUAUGUAUUUAAUCUAAUAUCUCCACGCUCCGGACGCACAGGAGAAGGGAAAGGAAUAACAAAACAUUAAUAAUUUUGAAUAAAAACUGUUAAUGAAUUAUACAUCCUGGUUACUUCGAGAUGCGGACGCUGAGAAGUAUGGUCGGACUAACAAAAGUUUUAGUAAUUAUAAAUGAAUACUGUUCAUGAUCAAACCUUUGAUAACACGGACCCUGAGGUUAAUGGUCGGAAUAACAAACUGUUGUUAAUUCUGAGGGAUUGCYGAAGUGUUGACAUAACGAGGUGUAUAAAUGUCUUAUUUGUAUAUAUAGUUUACUUAAGAAGAUUUUAUCCAGAUUUUUCUUUAUGCAAGUGCUAAAACACUUAUAUAUAUCAAACUAUGAGCACCUGAAAAUCGAACUUCCGUAAUUUCAAUACAUAAACGCACGGGUUUCUUUUAAUCAAUGAUCAACAAUAUGUGAAAUAUUGAUAGAGAGAAAAUAAAUAUAAAGCAUGUGA